CGAAAGAUUGGCAGUAUUCUCUCGCUCGGGUUCAAUCAACCACGUAAUCGGGUUUAUCUUUUCUAGAGAGUGAAUAUAAUUAAAGAAAACAAGGAACGUGAAGAUAUCGACUGAAUCUCUCUCUCUCUCUCCCUCUCUCUUUCUCGUCAGUGAUCUCUCCUCUUUAUUAAAUCGUCAAACAGCUGGUUUUGAUAAUGGUGCGAUAUACAGAAACGGAUACAGAAUCGAUGGUGGAGCACAGCUACGCGCAGCAGCUUAACGAUCCUUCCUCAAACGAUGGCGAACAGUCACCAGUGACUGCGAGCGCGGCCACACAGACGAUGGAAUUGCGAGAGCAUACACCGGUUGUUUACAUGAGCUCCACGGUCAUCACGAGGCAACCAGGAGAGAACGAUAACCGGUCUCCCCGCAGGCCCAUUCCCACCCCGGACUGGAUCUCGACACCUAGGGCGCAAAUGAACGCGACCUCCGGCACGCAAUUUCUGACCGAUGUCGAGCAAUUGGAAAUUGCGCAGGUUAUCGAUUGUAGCACUUUGCUUGGAAGGACCGAGAAACGCAUUCAGUACAGAGUGAAGAUACCACGUGCGGAAACGCUGUUUCUUGCCAUGGAAUCCAAACGGGAAACGGAAUCACGAUGCUUCGGCUGGUACACGGGAUUCGUGCUGAAUGUUCUGAAUCCGAUAGGCGAGACCGCGUUUGUCAUCCGCAAGGAUCCCAGCUGGAAGCAUGUGCUUGGAUCGCGACAGAAAAUUACGAUGGAAAGCGCGAAUACUAUUGGCAGCGUUGAGGAGAACUUCAGCUUGAUAGGACCAAGCUUCACGGUGUACGACGAGUUCAAAACGCCACUUUGUCAUAUAAACGGACCCAACAUCUGCGGUUGCUGUAUGUCAUGCAAAAACUCGUGUUGCAAAGAAUCGGAGUAUAGUUUCCAGGUUACUUCGAUAGACGGAACGCAUCAAGUCGCAUCGUUAAUCCAUCAAUGGGAUCACUUUUCGGUUGAUUACAUCCUCCUGCUCACAUUUCCAUUGAACACGGACGUGAAGUUGAAGAGUUUACUCAUCGGUGCAUCAUUCUUGAUAGAGUAUUUGUAUUUUCAACGCGAAGUAGUCCCUACAGUACGCAGUUUGUAUGAAUAAAAAGAACGUCGAGAAGAUAAGAACCAAUUUACAAUUUAAAGUACAUUAUAUAUCGUUAAAAAGCUUAUUUUACGUUUAAAAAAUAAAUAAACACGUAAGUUUGUGUCAACAAAUGCAAAACAAUUCAAUUUAUAUUCAAGUACGUUUCUGUAAUUUGUUUAAAGCAAUCGUAUAAGUAACGUGUUCUUAUUGUGUGGAAAAAAUCACACAGCUAUCAACAGUUGUAUAAUAAUUAUAUAAAGUUGUAAUGUACAUAAAAUGAUUGAAUACUCGUUACAAAAGAUUGAACUAAUAUGCACAAAUACAGGGUAUUUCUGUGAGAAGUAAGAACAGAAUAAGUAGAACAAGAAUAAUUUUAGACAAGUAGAACAAGAUAAUUUUAGAUAAAAAUUUGUAAAAAUUUUUAUCGCGACAUCCGUAAUUUAAAAUAGACGUUUGGAUUUUUAGCGGAUAUAUACUUGUUAGUAUUUAUUGUUCGAAUGAUGUGUAUGUAAAAAUUGUAUAAAAAUUAAUAUAUUUUACUAAACAUUUA